GAAAAAGAAAGGGGAAAAAAAAGAAAGAGAAAAAAGAAAAAGAAAAAAAGAGAAAAAAAAAAAGAAAAAGAGAGAGAGAGAAAGGAAAGAAAAAGAGAAGAGAAAGAGAGUAAAGAAAGAAGAGAUGAGAAGAGAAGUAAGCAAAGAGAAAGAAAGAAGAAGAAGAGAA